CAACUGACAUCUUCUUCUAUUCUUUUGCGACCACUAAUACCAAUGUAUGCCAAGCUGCGGGGAAUUACAUGAACACUGCCACUCUUCAUAGCCAGAACCUGACCUGCAACGAAACUUUGCUGUUGUCUCCGAACCAUCUAACUGCCUUGAAGCUACGAAAUUGCCUCCAAGACCAGACGAAGGAUAGCGGCGAUGGCGGAUAGGUUCAAGAUCGCACUCAUACAAAUGCAUCCCAAGGUCGUCGCACCAGAAGACAACUUCGCCAAAGCAGAGUCGUACAUUCGUUCAGCUGCUUCCCAAGGCUGCUCGCUUGCAGUCCUGCCCGAGUACCAUCUCACGUCAUGGGUCCCCGACCAUCCCAAGUUUGUGCCGAGCUGCGCGCAAUCCGGGGUCUACCUGGAGAAGUACCAGGCGCUGGCCAGAAAUCUAGGUAUCUCCAUCGUACCGGGGACCAUCAUUGAACUCGACGGCGAAGAGGGCGACGACGACCUCAAUCUCCUCAACGUCGCGUACUUCAUCGGCCCGGACGGUGGCGUGCUAGGGCAGUAUACUAAGAAGAACCUGUGGCACAACGAACGGCUGCACCUCACCAAGGGCCCGGAGCCGCACGGUGCCUUUGAAACGCCGCUGGGAAGGGCGGGGAUGCUGGUGUGCUGGGACCUGGCGUUCCCUGAAGCGUUUCGGGAGCUCGUCCGUGACGGGGCGCGGGUAAUCGUGUGCCCCGCCUUCUGGCUCGCUGACGAGUAUAAGCGCGAGGACGGGGACGAGGGCGCACAGGUGGUGAACCGGGACUCGGAGAAGGUGUUUCUGGAGAACGUGAUGGUGGCAAGGGCGUUUGAGAACACAGCCGCCGUGGUCCUUGUCAACGCGGGCGGGCCCGUGGGCGGGGGCGGGGUGGAAGUCCGAGAGAGCGGUGCGCGGGUGCGGUACUGUGGUGUUAGUCAGGUCGCGAUGCCACUCAUCGGGCCGCAGGGAAAGUUAGGCGCCGAGGAGGCGAUGGAGGUCGUCGAGGUUGAUCUUGGGCUGUUGGACGUUGCCGAGGGGGCGUACAAGGUGAGAGAGGAUAUGAAGAAGGAAGGGUGGCAUUAUGGAUAUUCCAUCGUCAAGGAGUGAACAAUAGGAUGAGGAUUAUACACAGUUGGGAAGAAGUAGAUAAAGAAAGGGAAGAGGAAGGGGGGGCUCCAAACAAGUGGAACAGAAACGAAUGGAUGGACAACAGGACACGAGAUAGAAACAUGUUGGCAAAUAAUGACGGUUCAUAACGGAU